AUGCCGACCAUCACGCACUACGCCGUGCUGGAUCCCUUGCUUGAGACAGGGUCGCCUGCGCAGGUCCAGAAAGCCACGCCCAAGCCGCCGCCCUCGCCUCCGGACAAGGCCACACCCGUGCCGGUGGCUCCUGUUAGGACGCAGACCUCGCCGGCAUCACUAUAUGCCACGCCUGAGAGCACCACCCUGCCUGACUCACCUUCCUCGUUCCCCGGAACCUGGUCGCCGUACAUCAUCAACCAUAAGAGGCGGGGGGCUUCCCUUGCAAGGACCUUCUCUCAGGGUGAUGUUGGAAGUGAGGGCAGCCAGCCGAAGCUCCCAGUGAUGCUGCCUGCUUUGCCCAAAGGUGGUGAACCCACUGCAGUCGAGGAGCCUGAGUUUACAUUUCAGCAAUCAGGGAAUGGUCAAGCUGAAGGUGACAGUGGUGUGGAAGAGGCUACCAUCAAUGGACAAAAUGAAAUGCUACUGAAGGGCAAGGGAUCUGUGUCAGCCAAAAAUGAGCAGGAGCAGCCUGAGUUUGAGUUUCAGCGUGGAAGUUCUGAAGCACUAGUGAGGCCUGUUAAUGUUGGGAGGCCUUUGAUUGGUGGAGCACCAAAAAAUGAUGAGAUUGACACCUUCCUUGAACUUCAGGAUUCGAUGAGUGUGGCUAGCAAUACUGAAGCUGAUGAUGCUGGUAUGCAAGAGCGGUGGUGGAAGUCCAGUUCCCCUUUUGGGACCUCUGUUGGCACACCUGGUGCUGAAUUCUAUGACGCAUUUGAAGAAAUAUCAAGUGAUGGUGGAACUCGAUCUUCACGAGCGAUGGACGAUGACCUCCGUGAAAUGAGGCUAAGUCUGUUGAUGGAAAUUGAAAGGAGGAAGCAAGCAGAAGAAGCACUUGAGAUCUGGCAGAAGGAAUGGAAGAAGCUGAGUCACCACCUAUCACAUGUUGCCUUAUCACUUCCAUCUCCAAGUAUAGCUGAGGAUACUGAUGAUUCAAGCGUGGAUCCUGGAGCUGAGUUGUGCCAGCAAAUAACUGUUUCACAACUUGUAGCUGCUGCUAUUGCCCAGGGUUUUGCCCGUGCUGAAGUUGAAUCAGAUAUGGAAACUGUGAUUGCAGCAAAGAACUUUGAGAUUGCAAGGCUGUCGGAUAGGGUCCAGUACUAUGAAGCUGCAAACAGGGAAAUGUCCCAAAGAAACCAAGAAGCUAUCGAGAUGUCAAGGCAACAACGCAAGGAGCAUAAGAAGCGACAGAAGUGGUUCUGGGGUUCAGUUGGGCUUGCAGUCACCCUUGGUGCCACGGCUAUUGUCUGGUCUUAUCUACCUUCGUCGCAGCCCCAAGGUAGUGCAGAUUCAAAUAGUACCGCCAGCAACUAG